AUGCAGGCAAAGGCUGCAGGUGCAGCGGCCCCGCCGGAACGAGAGCCGUGUAAUGUAGCAGCUCCCCCUGGCCUUGAAGCCCUAGGUACUGCACCAGGUUUUGGUGGCUGCACAACAGCCAUAUCAGCAACAUCCAGCAGCCCCUCAGCAGCGAGGGAGGGAUCUGAGGGUCCCCGUAGGCUCCCCCUCUCCGGGUGUACCUCCUAUCGUUCCGUGGCAGCAAGGGCGCUAACAGACGGUGCAGGGGGAAGGAGGGACGCAGGUGCGGCGGCUGAAGUGCAGGCUCCAGCUACGCCACCAUACAAGGGGAGAGGCGUGACGGUCUCUCGAUCCGCAGACAAACUGGCAAGAGAGGAAAAGGGUCAGGGAUCUCGAUUAGGGGUAGGGGGAGGAGGAUAUAUGGAAACAGGUGCUCCUCCGUUUGCUAAUUCCACCUCAUCAGCAUCGGGGCAAGAAAAAACACGUCGCACGCAAGAAGCGCGCUUGCAGGCAGAGAUUCAGUUGCUCUGCCCCUUGCCCGUACUAGACGAAUCACUAGAGCAUCCGCAAGAGCUCCACAAACUCAAGACGCUUUUUGUUGACGAGACGGUCAAAGGGCUCCCGAGACGUCGCUCACCCAUCGAUCCAUCUACCGGCCGUUUGCUGUACUGGGAUCGGCCAUGCUACGCCUUUGACUCUCGAGGGGCUUCGUGCGCCUCGGGGCUAAGCUGCGCCUUUUGCCAUACGAUCGAAGAGCUCCUGCUUCACCCCGCGCGGUUCCGGUCGGAGCUUAUCACGUGCAGCAAAGAAAAUAACGCUUGGCAUGCCGCCUCCUCGAUUGCGGAACUCCGCCUGAGAGCUCCCGAGGCGUACGGCCUAGAGGCUCACCUGAGGCAGCUGCAUGACGGGAGCGUGCAUCCCCUUGAACGAGUGGAUGAGACCACCGCCCCACAGGAGCCAAAAGACAGAUAUAAAGAUGACAAGAACCAUGGGAAAGUCUGUAAAGACGCAGGCACGCCGCAAACUCCCAAAAGGACGCACCUUUCAAAGCAGCAGCGGCACCAGCAGCAGCUGCAACUGCAGCAGAUCCUGAAACACAGCUCGAAUGGCGAACCGCGGGAAUCGCGAACAACAGCGCAAAAGGCCAAGCAGACUGCACCCAUAGAGGAGGCUCGGGCAUACAGCAGCAGCAGUACGGAAGCAAACAGUGUGGAGGAGUCUUGCGGUGGCAGCAGCUCGGGCUGCUGUAGUGGAGUGGCGGACUGCCGGGUCCCCCGGUUCGAGUACUCGAUUGUCGGAUCUCCCCUCCCUUCUUCCUCCAGCGUUAGCGGAGAGGGGAAUCUUUUGGGCAGUGGCAGCGGCUUUUCACAAAAGGUGCAGCUGCUGGCACAAGAAGCAGCGGCAAGAAAUGCUACGCAGCCCGCGGAAACAAGUCUGGCAGUCUCCGUCAACCCUAGCCCCUGCAAUGGCCAAAGCGGCAGUUUCGCCGCGGAAGCCGCUGUUCUUGCCUUAGGAUCCACGGCAAGAUCCCGUCUGACGUUUGGGUGGGAAGACCAGGACGGCGCUCUCAAUCUUUCUUCCUUCAAAGUUUUCCCUUGCCGCCAUAAGCAUUCUCUAUCUCACGACAAGAAAUACUGCCCCUUUUAUCAUAACUUCAGAGACAAGAGACGGUUCCCUGUGACUUACCGGGCGGAGCAGUGCGAGGAGCAUUUCGAUUUAGAUUCGUCCACACUCCAGUGCUCGAAAGGGGACGCGUGCGAGAAAAGCCACAAUAGACACGAGCUCCUCUAUCAUCCGACAAUAUUCAAGCAGCGAUUCUGCUCCUCAUACGCAACCAGGAAUGGAACCGAGCGCUGUGGAAGGGGUCAAUUCUGCGCUUUUGCACAUUCUCGAGAAGAAGUUCGCGCUCCCCUCUUCACGAUCCAGGAGGAGACAUGCCCUUCCAGCGACUUCUUCAUGCAGCAUUUCAAGACCGUCUGGUGCCCCUACGGAGUGCAGCACGACUGGUAUACUUGUGUGUAUGCGCACACGUACCAAGACUGCAGGCGAUCUCCUCAAGUUGGAUACGGCAGCGAACCCUGCCCCGCAUGGAAUAAGGACGUGCAUUCGGCAGAUUACGCCCGCAGAUGCCCUCACGGCACACUCUGCCCGUACUCGCAUGGCAGCAAAGAACAGCUUUACCACCCCUCCUACUACAAGACAAUGCCCUGCAUGGACUUUCGCUCGAAAGGGCGUGGCGGGGGCGGCAACAGUUGCCCGCGUGGAGUCCUCUGUGCGUUCUACCACGAAACCAGCGAGCGGCGAUGGCCUUUGCGCAUUUCCACUGAUUAUUCGACUCCUCUCCCAUCACAAAGGAAUUCUUUGCUGCAGCCGCAAUUCCUCAGACCGCCCCUUUUCAACUUGGAUGACUUCGAAGCCUUUGGGCAUACCAGUCGCAAAACGAGCUCAAAGAAGGACGUAAGUACGCCCGAGGCAUCUAAUGGCAACCGCCGCAACGGAGGAGGGUUCAAGCGAGCGGACUCAGCCGCAUUAGCAGCAGCAGCAGCAGCAGUAGCAGCAGCAGCAACCAAAUCACUACCUUCAAGUAAUAGAAAAAGGCUCGAGAACACUGUGGCAGCAGCCGGAGAAUGUGGACCGUCGCCUUGGGGGCCCCAGCAGGAGCCGCCUCUCAGUACACCUCGGGCUGUGGGGGGGGAGGAAGUUUCUUCGAGAGAGCUUCCUGCUACCCACCGGCCUCUGGAGCUUCUUUCCCCGGUGGAGCAGCCGCUGGGGGGAUGCACGGAGGGGGGGCCAAGUGUGGGGGCAACACGGAGCGCAAGCCUUUUCGACAGCAGUGGCCUCUGGGGUGUUGCGCAUCAGGGGGGUCCUUCGCCUGGGGAAAGGAGUCCGUUUGAGCACUGUACCUUGAGCCAGGAAACAGAGAAACGCACAUGCAACGACGCAGCAGACGUACUCCUGCAAAUGCUCGGGAGGGCUGCACAGGCUCCAAAGUGUGGCGCGGAGGCCGCUCCUCAGAGAGGAGGGGGGCCCCCCGAGCUGUGCUACGGGGCAGACGAGUUCUCUGACGCUGCAGCCCGAUUACCCCCUAUUCCUCCCCCCACCCUCCACUGGUACUGCCAGGGCCUUCCCCAGGCGUCUGCAGGGGCCUCCACUGCCGCGCUGUCCUUCUCUUUGAGCCUUGCCGACGAUGGCUUCCCCGUUAACGCCGACGCGGGCUCCAUCUUCGAAAAUUCGGCGUCUUCUCUUCCUCUGUCGGGCGCACGCCUUGCGUCUGUGUAUCUCAUAGCCUCCAACGAAGAAGCUCAGCAGAAGGCCCUUUGCCGACUGGUGGCGGCGAGAGCGUGCCCUAAGCUGCUGCUGCUUCAUAAGCGGCGUAUGGAAUCUCAGUCUGAGGCCGAGCUACGCAUUAGCGCAGCACGUGCAGGCUAUGCCUUGACGACAUCGAGGUCUUCGACAGGUGACAUGGCCGCGGUAGCAUCAGUUCCUGACCGCUGCUGUGGUGGUGACUCGGAGUUUUCUUUCUGGAAUACUUCUGGAGCGUCGCUCAGCCUCGAUUACCCACCUUGCGGGGUGCAUGAGGUUGCCGAGCUGCUCGAGAGGGCAGCCACUUGUGGGACCCACGUUUGCGUGCUGUAUCUUCACUCGAGCCAGGAGGAUCUGCUGAGUGCAUGCAAGUCUUUGGCAGCAUACUGCGCAACGCAGGAGGUUGCUGCAGCGCAAGAGCGAAUCUUCCUUCUGCACCUCUGCCCCUCGGUACCCCCGCAGCAACUCCAAAAGCACCUGCUGCCGCAUGCAACAGCCCUCCCGCUCUCCCGCCUCCGGCGGUGGGCAGCUCUGCUGAAGGGCCCUUCAGUAGGACAUUUGAAGGGGGGUCUCCGGGAACCCAAAUACGACACAGAGGACCGGUUACUGCAGGCGCACAGCCAGCAUUCGGCAGCGAUGACACCUACGACAGCGCCUCCUGCCGGCGGCAGCAAUAGCGACCACAGUGCCGACGGAGCAGAAGCCGGAAGCUCGGAGCGUUGGCUGCAAAAAACUGAAGACGCGUGGGCUGCAGGGUCCCCUACGUGCUCGGUAUACAGUCUGCCGUAUAUGCAUGAGGAUUUGCAGUGGACGCCAUGGUGGGGCUUUGGUUCGCCAGAGGAAGACGGCAGGGUGGGUAUCGAAGGCAAACGGGAAGAGUUUGCUAUAACUCCCCUUAAAAGGGAGCUGGAAUUCGCACUCGCAGAAGCCCGCCCUUCCAUCCACACCUCAGGGCUUCCCUGUGUCCUGGUAGAGCUCGAUGAUGACGUGGGAGACUGGUGGCUCUCCUCGAGAGCUGCAAGUCAAACCACUAAAGCUGCGACGGCCGAUGCAGCAGCAGCAGAGCAAAGGACGAGCCCUCCAGGACUGCCGGCAACCCCCGUGAGCCGCAUGCAGGGGCAUGCCGCCGCUAUAGCAGGCGGCGGAGGAACCUUGCAUAGGGAAGCCCCACGCUGCCUCUUGCCGCAUGCAGAGGAGCUGGAAGCCUUGGGUUUUUCUGUUCUGACAUCCGAGGAUAGAGGGAUCAAAGUCUGGAAACAGCAGUUGGGGGCGUCUUGCGCGGUUCAUUACGCUUCAGGGGCCCCCCUGGAGGGCUCUUGCAAAGGAAUCCUCGCCAAGGGCCCUCGCCUGGACCCCAGGCGCCCUCAUGCAGCAGCCCAUAGAUGGGCAUCGUGGGGCACCCAGAGGUUGGGAUCUUCGCAUGGUCAGAUGGUGCUCUUUAGAAGGACUUUGCCGCCGACUGCCUCUGCAAGUCUUGUGGAGGCACUCCGUCUGUUGGCGAGCGCUCACACGCCUGCAGGAGCCUCCUGGGGCCUCUUGAGCUGCGUGAACGUCGUGCACUGCAAGGAAGCGGAGAACUCUGCGGUGUACAUACAACUCCCAGACGCAUUCUCAACCGCGGACACACUGUGGGUGUGUAGCCUGCAGCAGCUGCUGACGGGAUGCGGCGCCCAUGGGAACCUAAACGAGGAGAACGCAGGAACAGCCAGCCUUCGCAAGGAGGCCGCAUGGGACAGCCAACCGGCUGCUACAAGCUGUUGCGUGUGCGGGGAAUUCUUUGAAAACCAACAUACCGCAACGAGGCCUCCACCAGGCUGCUGCCUGCUGCAGAGGCACAGUACCUGCAGCGCGCUUUUGAAAGCGGAGAGCUGGGAUCCGUGUCCAUGUGCUGUACUUUGGCCAAAUGGGGAAGGCAAACGACAACAGCAACAACAACAAGUGCAAUUCCCUUCUGAGUCCCUUAGACGGCUACUGCAUGACAUAUGCGCCUCCGUCAUUGAAGCCUAUGGACUCCUGCAGCAAGUGGUUAUAGCAACCCAUCCGUCUAAAAAGGCGAAAGAGGAGGCAGAGGGAGCUUUUGAAUUCGCAGUUGGCCUGAAGGAUAUCCUCGUUGCAGGACACAAAGAUGGGCGGCUUUUCGCUUGCGUGGAUCUGGUAGCGCCGCAUGUUCUCCUGGCCGCUCUGAAGACCACAAGAGCAGCAGGAAGCAUUCAGAAAGGGAGUGCCUCUCAGCUCCGGGAUGUCUUGAGAGAUAUCAUAUCAUCGGUGCUAACACGGGGGAGUUCUGCUCCGCCGCAGCUGAGGGGGGCUCCUCUGGCUGCCAACCUGCUGGGGUCCCUGUGGCGCUGUGGGCAGAGGGAAGCUGUGAGCUGCUGCAGCCACCCUUUCUUUUGGAGUUGCUCAGAGCGCCUCAGUUUCCUGCAAGUCGCACUCGCCUUGGCCCAUAUGCCGCAGCAGUUGCAGCAGCGGCAGCUCGAAGAUACAGCAAAAGGCGUAGAUGGGGCCUGGGGUGCCAAGCUGGCAGUACACAUCAGGGGCGUCACCUGCACCGGCCAGUCGUGGCUGCUGGCAAAGGCAAGGAAGGAGUUCUACGAGGCAGAAGAACCCCUCGCGGGGCCCCCCGCUCUAGAUGUUCUAGUCUUAGCGGAUCGGCUGCGCCAACGGUGGCUGUACUUCAGCAGCCAGCUCGCGCCCGAGUGCGUGGCUCACCUGUUGCAGGAGAUUGGACAUGGCUCUGCGCUACAGCAACAGAGGCAGCACCAGCUGCUCUUGUUGGUACAACAUGCAGAUGAAGUACUGUCUACACAUGUUGAGACAGAGGCCCCGGGUCUGCUCCUGUCUGUUUUCCUUCUGGCACGAGAGAAUCCGGAUGUGCUGCAAAUGAUGCACGCAUCGCCUUCUUUGGCUGCUGUACGGCAUGCCCUUCAAACAACAGAAGAUAUGAACUGA